GUCCACAGUCCGACUGUGCAACUGUGGCUGCUGCUGCCUGAGAAGUCUGCUCAGAGCUGUGCCUCCCCAGGGCUCCCCUACGGCCUUGCCUUUUGACAUGAUCAACUGGAUCGAGGAUCUCAUGGUACUGGUGCCAGGAGCUUCCACCAUUUUUGUCAGGGCGAUGGCGCACUGCCUGCUAAACAUGGAAAGAAUUUGGGCAAGUAGGUAGAGAUCCAAGCUUCUCAGGGUGCUGAACCUGGCGCUUCUGCAAGCCCCCUGUCAGGCUGAGACUCAUUCAGAUUCUGUAGGCGGGGCACGCUGAGGAGGUCCUAGAAUGGCGGGGGCGAUCAACGAGCUCAGAGACCAGCUUGGGUUCUGCAGAAGCAAUGGGGACUGGGAAGAGGAGUCCAGGUGCUUGAAUGCACUUGCCUCACGGUAUAAAACAGCCGGGCAUUACGUCAAGGCGAUCCAGUUUCUAGAGGAAGACUACCGAAUGCUCAAGAAAAGAAAGCUGAGCGAUAAAGAGAAGCUGGAUCUUCUCUUGCCGUCUGUACAGAGCCUUGGGGAGCUGCACAACGGGCGGGGCAACUUCGAACUUGGGCUCAAAUUUCAACAUGAGCACCGCAACAUGGCGCUCGCGUUGUCUCACCUCGACCCCUCCUGCCGCGAGCUGCAGCGUGCCGAGUGUCAGCUUGGGGUGGCAUACAUGGAUAUGGCAGAUCGAGAGAGGGAGGAUCCUCAGAAGUCCGAGAGCCUGACAAAGCUCGCCAAGCAACACCUCACAGAGGCCCUGCAACUCGCUAGUGCAAACAAUCUGCAAAAGGCACUUGUUGAUGCUCAUAACAACAUGGCCCUGCUAGCGAUGCAAACAGACGACUUGACGCUGGCCAUGAGUCACCUGAGCAAGGGGCUGAGGCUUUGCGACAAUCUGUACCCUGACUCGGAAGCGCGUUUGCACCACGGCCUGGGGAUGCUCUUCUCGAAGCAGGGCAACAAGCGCGAGGCUGCAAAACACAUCAGAAAGGACAUCGAGAUCUGCCAUCAGAUUAAGCACCUGCAGGGCGAGGGCAAGGCUUUUUUGACGUUAGGAGACCUGCACUGCAAGUUUCACAGCUACGAGGAUGCGAUCGAUGCGUACAGGAAGGCAGAGAGCAUCUUCCGGUCCCUAGCCGAUGAAGACGAGUCUGUCAAGGUGGCGCAGAAUAACAUCGAUGUGGCGAUCGAUCGCCGGGCGGCUAAGCAGGAGCUUGACGAGGCUCCCAAGGAACUAGGAAAGCUAGACCUCAGGCUAGCGGAGGUCAAGGGGACGGAAAAGGAGAGCGCCCUGCAGACUCGGAAAGCAAAGAGGCUCAAAGAGCUCGUCGAGGUUGCAAACAGGGUGGAUGAUUUUGAGAAGGCAAGGGCCUACGCUGAGCAGCUAGCGGAUCUUGCUUCCUGGCUGGGGGACCUGGGGCUGCAGGCAGACGCGUCAACCGCUGUCGGAGAGGCGUACUACAAUCUGCAGAAGUAUAGCGAGGCAGAGAAGUGGCACCGCAAGAGCUUCAACUACUCGCAGGCAAUCAAUUCUGCUGAGGGCAUGGCUGUGGCGAUGACGAACAUCGGAAACUGCUUAGACUGGCUUUCCCAACCGGAGGCGGCCGUGCGUGCCUAUCACGAGGGCUACAAGAAAGCGAAGGAAGGCAACUUGCUGGAUCAGCAGAUUACGGCAGCGGGAAACAUGCUCUGCGUCCUUGAGAGGACGAAGGACAGCGGGGAAAUCAAGAAAUGGACCAAGGAGCUCCAGCGACUCGAGAAGCUCCAGAAGGAUCAGCGGAGGGCAGGGGCAGUCCAGAAGAAACGCGCGGAGCAACCUGACGAGGCGCCCGUUCAAAAGAGGGCUCCAGCUACGGGCGCGGUCUACAAGAGCGCUCCAGCUACUGGUGGCGUCAAACCAGGGCCCCUUCUGUUUGGUUGUUCAAGCCGGGGGUCUCAACAGGCGGUAGCGAAUCCAGUCAGGAAAGCCGCCCCUGCUGAUUCGGUGAAAGCUCCUCCCAGGGAGCCCUACAAGGCGGAACGCAGUGAGAUGGAAGCAUACGGGAUGAAACCAAAGGACAGGAUUCGGCAGAGGUCGCCUCCCCGAAGACCGAAAGAGGUCGCGGCGGCUGGAGCUAAAGUGGGCGACAAGAAGACAGAAACGAGGGAAAACGGGGGCGUGGAGCGAGGCGCGGGAACUUCCGGCGGCAGAGGUGGUCCUGAUAGGAAGGACAGUACGAGGAAUUCAGGGGGGGGUGACGUGGCAGCGGGCAAGACCGCCACGGGUGCGAAGGUAAAGAAAGAGAGCGUGGGGCAAAGCCCAAGCGGGAUGCUGGAUCGGUGGCUAGGAAAAGGCGCCGAAGGCCAGCCGCACAAGAAGCAGCGGCGAGAGCAGGCCUCGUCAGCGGGCGGAGGCAAUCCGGGAAGGAAGGCAGUGGGGGGCGUUUCGGGAGCAGGAACAGGAAACGAGGCCCCGUCACAGAACGAGAGCGGUGCGGCCGCGAAAGACGGGGCGGCGGUGAAGGAGCUGCUGACGAAGCAGCGGCGGCGGGUGAUUGAAGAGGAUGACGAGAGCGAGGACGAAGAUUCGCCGAUGGUGGUCAAGAGGAGGCGGGUGGACACGGGGGCUGAAAGCGCAGAAAAGAACGAUUUUGGGAGGGGCUUGAGGGAGGGUGAGCGGAAUGCGGGUGAAGUGAGUGGGAGGACUGGAGACCGGAAUGGCAGCGGAACGACGGCCGCAACGGAGCGGAAGAAAGGGACAAUAGAAGCGGACGCACUGAAAGCUGUCACUAGAGAGUGGCAGAGUGACGUCAGUGAUGCGCAGGGAGCUCCGGGAGUGGCUGUCUCUGAAGGACGGGACCGACAGACGGACCGCCCGAAGAAGACGGCCCUUACGGAAAUCACAAACCGGGGGCCGCAAGCGGAGCCAGCCUCCAAGCCCGCAGCGAAUAAGGGAGUGCCAUGUGGCACGAGCAGCGGGGCCGUGCCGGAGGAUCUGCUGGAGACGCAGCGGGUGGAUCCCCUGACUCAGAUGGGAGACAGCGAGGUCCCCCUGGAAGAGGAGGAUCUCCCGGACGCCCUCCCGGAAAACCCGGUUAGGUUUUCUCACGCUGUCGAGGAAGCCUGCGGCCCUUCUAAAGGGUCACAGGGGGAAAGUAAGCGGACACCGGGAGGCCUUGCUGGGUCCGGACUGGGCGAGAAACGGUUGGAAGAAACGGCCGGGCCGUCGGGGACGAGGCCUUUCGACUUGAACGAGCACAGCAGCGCGGGGCCAGAGACCGGGCGGAAGAGCAUAGCGUCCGGAAAGGAGGCGACGUCUGGAAAUACGGGGAGCUUCCGGGGGAGUCAGGCCAAGUCGAUCCUGGCUAGGAUCCACGGCCAGACGCUGAAGGUGAUCAUUCGGACACAAGGCGACGAGUCGCCGCCCAAAACUGUCGCUUGGCUUAUUGAGGAGAUCGUGCGGCUUUACUCGUGCGACAGCGUCACAGGCGGGAGCCCCAUCGUGCGGCGACUUACACAUAACGGCGUCUCGUUGAAGCCCAUCCAAAUCGCGGAAGACGUGCUCGGGGAUCUUGCUCCGGACGAAGCCCUCGAAGCGCACGUCGAUGGUUGGACGAGAAAGCCCCUCUUGGCUCGCUACCAGGCGCACUGCACGGCGCUCGGUCAGACGCCCAUUGCCGCAGUCGUUACGCGACUCGCGUCAAAGCACGAGGCCGAAGAAGAGGUGGAGCUACCGAGUUGUGGUCUUACGGACGACUCCGCGGGUCCCGUCUUGGCGGCGCUGGACGAGUGCGAAAGCUUGACGUUAUUGAACCUUUCCCAGAACGCUUUAGGCAAUAGUACGGUGCACCGGAUACAGGAGCUGCUGGCGUCGCAACCGGACCUGGGCUUCUCGCUGGACCUGCAUGCGAACCAAUUGGGACCUGGCGCCCUCACGCAGCUUUCGCGGUGCCCCAUCGUCCUCUCCCGCCUUGAGGUGCUGGACCUGUCCGGGAACCGGCUGACGGACGCCGCCGGACGGCACCUGGCGACGCUUCUAGAGAAAGGAUCGGCGCUCAUGUCCCUCAGCCUCGACAACUGCGGCCUCGCCACGCGCACCUUCACCGCCUUCGCAAACGCCCUGCGGCCGAACAUCCCCUUGACUACGCUCCGCAUUGGGCACAACAAUCCAGUCGCCGGCUCCGCGCUCACGGUUCUCGUCGAGAAGCUCGCGUCUUUGGGCAGUUUCUCCGAACUGGACAUUGCCGGAGUGUCCGCUGACCCGUCCGCAGCAGCCGCAAUCGGACGCUUCCUGUGCCGGUCGCAAACCCUCCAAACGCUGAAUCUGGCCGACACAACUUUACGCGACGCGGGUGCGGCGGCCCUUGCGAACGCCCUCGCAGCAGGAGAUGGCGCCACAUGUUCCUCCAUCGACCUAUCUGGCUGUCACUUCACCCCGCUCCAGGCCGCUCCUUUGUGCGUUCAGCUGACGCGCAACGCCUCGCUGACGUCACUCUCGCUGCGCGGGAACAAGCUGGGGGAACAGGCCGCGAGCACGCUGAGGAGGAGCAUCAGCGAGCCGACGAGCUGCUUACGGCAGCUUGACGUCAGCAGCUGCGGGCUGGCGGCUGGGACGCUCGUGGAGCUGGUCGGUGCCUCGGCGGCUGCGGGUAGUCUCGAGGAGCUUCGUCUCGCCGCCAACUGCGACUUCUCGACGAACUCGGACGUUACAAAGCCGUCCGGCAGCGGGGGCCAUCGUCCAGCGAACGACCAGGAGAUUGUGCCUGAGAGCGAGGAGGAGGACGAGUGCGAAUGGAGGCAUCAGCCACGUGGAAGCCAACGAAGUAACGAAUCUUCGAAAAAAUCAGAUUUGGGCACUGGGGAAACCGGUCCUUCGGGCCAGCCAGCUUCUGCGGAUCGGAACCGGAAAGCUGGGGCAAGAUCGAGGGCAACAGGGCAAGGUUUCCAUGCGCUCUUGAUAGCUGUGCGCUCUGCUGAGUCGUUGAAAGUUUUGGAUCUGUCCGAAAAUGGUCUCGUGAAUGAAGAGUACAAGAAGUUGAAGGAGGUCUUCGAAACAAACGCCCAACAGUUGGAAGAUUGCUGGACACGCGGGCUUUUGAGGAAGCUAUAAGCAGAUGUCGAAAUGCCAAGCUUCAAGUACUCAAAAUAUACGCUCUUAGCCCACGGCCGUGCAGCCAACUAGCAUCGUCCCCAACAGAUUGCUUGGGAAUCUGAUUUUUUGCAUAGAUUGGUUCGUUGAAAGAGUUGCUGCUUUAGAGUUCUGGACCGCCAGCCAGCCAAUCACCAGUCACGUACAUCAUGCAUAAAGGACUAAGGGAG